UAGCUUUUGAUUUGAGACCUUAAACAAACAUGCAGCUUUCGUGGAAGGAUAUUCCGAGUGUUCCAAACACCAACGAUAUGUUGGAUAUUGUUCUUAAUAGAACCCAACGUAAAACUCCUACUGUGAUAAGACCUGGAUUCAAAAUUACCAGAAUUAGGGCAUUUUACAUGAGAAAAGUUAAGUUUACAGCUGAAGGUUUCAGUGAAAAGUUCACUGAUUUGUUAGCUGGUUUCCCAAACAUUAAUGACGUCCACCCUUUCCACAGAGAUUUGAUGGAUACCUUGUAUGAAAAGAAUCAUUAUAAAAUCUCCUUGGCUGCCGUUUCCAAAGCUAAAACUUUGAUCGAACAAGUCUCCAGAGAUUAUAACAGAUUAUUAAAAUUUGGUCAAUCAUUAUAUCAGUGUAAACAAUUGAAAAGAGCUGCUUUGGGUAGAAUGGCAACUAUUGUUAAGAAGUUGAAGGAUCCUUUGGUAUAUUUGGAACAAGUCAGACAACAUUUAGGAAGAUUGCCAAGUAUUGACCCUAACACCAGAACUUUAUUAAUUUGCGGCUACCCUAACGUUGGUAAAUCUUCCUUCUUAAAAUGCAUCACCAAGGCUGAUGUCGAAGUUCAACCAUAUGCUUUUACUACCAAAUCCUUGUACGUUGGACAUUUUGACUAUAAGUACUUACGGUUCCAAGCUAUUGAUACCCCAGGUAUUUUGGAUAGACCUACUGAAGAUAUGAACAACAUCGAAAUGCAAAGUAUUUAUGCUAUUGCUCAUUUAAGAUCAUGUGUUUUAUACUUCAUGGAUUUGAGUGAACAGUGUGGAUUCUCUAUUGAAGCACAGGUUAAAUUGUUUCAUUCUAUCAAACCAUUAUUUGCAAACAAAUCGGUUAUGAUUGUGAUGAAUAAGUCCGAUAUUAUUAAGUUUGAAGAUUUGGAUCAAUCCAAACAAGAAUUUUUGCAAUCUUUAUACGACUUGAAAGACAUCGAAAUCAUGAACACCUCGUGUGUUGAAGAAGAAAAUGUUAUGCAAGUGAGAAACCAAGCUUGUGAAAAGUUAUUGGCGUCAAGAAUCGAACAGAAAUUGAAGGGUGCUGCUAGAGUCAGCAACGUCUUGAACAAAAUCCAUGUUGCCAAACCAGCCCAAAGAGAUGAUCUUGAUAGACCAGCAUUUAUUCCUGAUAGUGUCAAGGAGUUGGAGAAGUAUGAUCCUUUGGAUCCUAACAGAAGAAAGUUAGCCCGUGACAUUGAAGCUGAGAAUGGAGGUGCUGGUGUUUUCAGCAUCAACUUAAAGGACAAAUACUUGUUGGAAGACGAAGAGUGGAAGAAUGACGUUAUGCCAGAAGUUUUGGACGGUAAGAAUGUUUACGACUUUUUGGACGCUGAUAUUGCAGCUAAGUUGCAAGCUUUAGAAGAAGAAGAAGAAAAAUUAGAACAAGAAGGUUUCUACGAUUCUGAAUCUGAUAUUGAAGAUGAUGAAAUUAUCGAUAUCAAGGAAAAGGCCGAAUGGAUUAGAGAUAAGCAAAAGAAGAUGAUUAACGAAGCUAGAAAUAGAAAAGCUUUGAAUAACAGAGCCAUUAUGCCAAGAGAUAAGAUUAAACGUUCUUUUGACGAUAUGGAAGAACAUAUGUACACCAUUGGACAUGAUACAACUGAAUUGAGAAACAAGCAAGUCAUCGCCAAGGCUCAAGGUGUUAAGAACCACAAGGGCAUCAACAUCAAAAAGAAACUUCAAGAUCUUGAUGUUGAUGUUGAAGAGCACAUACGUAAAAAGAAGAGACCUGCCCAUCAAAGUGAUAGACUUAACGAUGGUCUUACAAGUGAAGGUUUGAAGGAGAAGACAGAAAGACUCAACAAGGUGCAAAGAAGAGAAAGAAACAGACAAGGUAAGAUUGGUGAAUCUGAUCAUCAUAUCCCUACAUUGUUGCCUAAGCAUUUGAAUUCGGGUAAACGUAGUUUCCUGGCUGAUCGUCGUUAAGCGCAUUCGUUAUCUUUAGUUUUAUUUUCACAUUUUAGGCAUUUAUCUUAUCAGAACCAUUGGCGUGGUUAAUGACAACUAUGGAGUUGAAUAUAUAUUUUGAACAAUACAUACGUAAUAUUGAUUGGGUAGCAAGUUGUCUGAGACCUUACCUCUAGUACAACUUUUAUGAUAAGCUUGGGAACUAGUUGCCAAACAUAAAUUUUACAUACCCACUGCUAUUUCCUGCUUGAAAAGCCAGCGAUUAAGAGAACUUGGAUAGUAAAGAUAGUGGUAAUGUGGAGGUUUGAUUUGGAAACUGGUAUUUUUACAUUGUUUCCAUAUCACAUUAUUUUCGGCUGCUGGGUGAACCAAACGACAGAUACAGGAGCAUCAAAGGAGUAUUUAUGUAUUUGAACUUAUCAAAGAUGACUGGCGUAGAGGCUAUUCCAUAGUGGGCCUGUCAAAUAUGAAACUUGUGUCAGUUCUCUGUGGCUAUCCCAGCGCAAAAUAAAAGACCCACAAAAAUAAAGCCAC